CGACAACUGAACCACUCCCACUGCAGGCGUCUCUCUUCGUCUCUCCGUUCAGGCUCUGGCACCGGUGCUGGCCCCCGCUUUGUACUCUACUCUGUGACAUGACGGCGGUCCUUCAAGCGAGUGAUGUACUGAACAGGGAUAGGACCAUGUCUUCGUUUGACGACAAUGCAGUCAAUUAUUCCUCAUCCAAUGAUUGGAGGGCGAAGUACAUGGAGGUCGCGGAUAUGCUGGCAGAAACCCGCACGGAACUCGAUGACUUUCACGCCUCCAGUAAGGAAUUGGAGGAGGAGUUGGAGAGAGAGCUGGAGCGGACCGAGAAAGCGCAGCAGGAUCUCAAAGUCAAGGUUGCCAGAGCCGAGCAGGAGAGAGACGAGUGGAAGUCCAAAUUCAUGUCGUUGCAAACGAUGCACAACACGACAACGACGUCGCUGCAGCGCGAGCUCGACACGUUGCGUGGGGACCAUCAGAAGAUAAAGGUGCAACUUCGAGAAUUGGAGAUGGGCAACGACGAUCUGGAGCGGAAUGAAAGAGCUAUCUCGUCAAGCCUUGCCGAUAUUGAAAGCAAGUAUGCGAGGGCCCUUGAGGAGAAGAUACUUCUUGAACACGAGCUUCUGGACAAGGCGAAUGUUGAGGAGGAAUAUCAACGACUCAAGGACGAGCUCAGAGAUGCGAACGAGGAGAUCCAUAUAAUGAAGGACCAACUUGCUGCAGCACAGUCACGUCCCACGAUGACGGACACCGAGUCAGCACGCUCUGUCACUUCCACUGCACCCUCUUCCAUUUCCGAUGACAACCUCCUCAGCAUCCCAACACCCUCAGACCUCCGCUUAACCGACCUCUCGCCGGAAUCCGAGACCCCAGUCAAGGAGACACCUAAGUUCGCAACACAUCCUGUCAGAUCACCCACCAUUCCCGGCGUCACUCCGUCACCGCUGCUUCAUAGAUCUACCUACAAGAUAUCACGCUUGGCGACGCCACCGACCAGCUCUUCGCCAUCCCUUGCUCGCUCGAGCACUGUCCCAUCGUUAUCUACACCCUCGCGUCUUGCUCCUCGUACGCCUGUUCCCAGACCGAUUGCCAGCCGCAAUGUGUCGAGUCUUAGCUCCACGAGCACCAGUAGUGGUGUUCCUGGAACUGCAUCGAGGAGCAAAGGCGUGCAGAUGGUGUCGGAGAUGAGGGCUCGUGUCAAGGUGUUGGAACAGAAGAUCCACACUCGCGUUCCGAGACUACGCAUGGGCAGCACGACCAGCCGGACGACAGCGAUGCCCCCACCUCUGCCACCGAAAGCGGGCCCUUCAUUCGUAUCCGUCUCUCCUGCCCCUUCGACUUCGUCGAUGCGAUCAUUGAGCAGCGAUGAACGGCUGCUGCAGACGAAACCUCGUCGACCAAGCUUUGACUCCGAAGGGGAUCGCAAGCGUGGGUCUGGGGGUGACUCCUCGGGAUGGGUCCUUAUCAUGGAUGAUUCGCCUUCUCCUGCAAAGGAUAAGGACAAGGAGCGGAGGCGCACCUCGAGUCCUUCAGCACCUUCCGCCUUCCGCCCUCUCCCUUCAACACCCCAUGAAUCACCAUCCCCGACCGGCAUACCUAGAGCACCGAGCGCGCUGUCUCAGAGUACGAUGCAUACUGGUAUUCGCCGCCCACAGUCAAGAGUGUCGGAAGGGCGAAGCAGUGUCAGCACCAAUGCUACUACGAGCACGGCUAGUUCGAUCCCAACACCUUCGUCACGCCCAACGACUCCCACCUACCUUCCUCUUCCCACGUACGGAGGUCCGGGGCAUGGGCUGAAGAUCUCAACAGGACCGGGCUCAGGGGCAUACCAACUGAAGCGAUCUUCUCUGGGAGCCCCGGCCAAGUCAUCGCCCAUAGCCACAUCACCUCCCCCUCACGCGAACAUCACUGUGCGGCCAAUGACAAAGUCCACUAUCGCCAACUCGAUGUCGCAGAGCCGGAUCGGGAAGCCAGCGGCUCACGCAGCCGGUCGGAGGAGUGUGGGUGAAACCUCCGGAGACGAGAUGUUGACUGUUCGCGACCUAUCCCGAGCGAGGUCUGGGAGCACGACGGCUGUGUAUGGGAAGAGGGGUGUAUAACGGAAGUUGCUGUCUAUGUUCUCGACUGUGCAUACUCUUCGAGUUCCCUAUCUUCUGCGCUAACCUCGAUCCUCCGCCAGUCUUUCUAUCUUCUACAAGUAUAAUGAACUGACGAUUUACGAUGCAGUCGCAGUUUGUGUCCGCGGUUGCGGCUGUACAUCCAUGCUCCCUAUAUCCCAUGGCUUUUGACGAUAUCCCCGGCCUGCCUGGUUAGAGCUUCAACCCGACCCUGUUCAUUCAUUUGGCGCCACCCUGUGCAUCUGAGCUAUAGCGACACUAAUGUUAUGUAAAGAGUACCUUUCCGUCAUUCACUUCCCUGUAGCUUUGCUUGAAUAUCAAUAUUACAACUAUUUAUUAUUC